AUGAACUACCGAUUGCUCAGCUCCUCAGACUCACAAUCGUCUGUCUCCCAGUGUGCUGUACAUCCAAGCAUCGUGACCAUCAAGUUGGGCUUUUCCCAGUGUGAUCUAGAAUCACCGAGUGUAGAAAACUACGCAGCUGGAGAUGUCCUAAUCUACAGAUAUGCAGGAGCGGGGAGAACACAAGCAACAGGAAUGAUACAGCAGGACAAGAAGUGGGAAGGAGUUGCCAGCAGAGAAGCGGAUGAAGGGAAGCAGCAUAAGUCAAGGCUUAUCAGCUCAUUUAGGCACCUGGUGUUGUCGUUCCUGCAGUCGUGUGGAGGUGGUUUGGACCCCAACGGAGGCUGCAUCUUCUCUGUACUGUGGGACCGGUGGAUUGCCAUUCCUCCCUGGAAACUGGAGCGGACAGUGAAGAUGCCGCCUCUCCAAAGGAUCGUGGUCCUGUAUCUGGUGGGGAUAUUCCCAGGAGACCGUCUGACAUAUAGUUGGCCCCAGUUGUCACUUGACAUGGCCCCGACCUCUUUUGACGACCAAUACAAGGGCUGUGAAGAUAAAAUGGCAGCCAAUCUAAAGGAACUGAACCGCACUGAGUUCGAUAACAACCGGAUCUUUGCCAAGGCAUGGCAACUGGCGGAAAGGGAAAUCUCACUCUCGCCUCCUGCAGGCCUCAAGCAAGAGUACGCCAUCGCCCUCGCAGCCUACACCAUCCAACAGCCAAACCUCUACGAGGUUUUCAAUAAAGCUGUAACGGAAGCCGGGAAAAACACAGACUAUUACCUCAACAGUUUCCACUUCAAGACCUUCCAUUUUCUUCUGACCAGAGCCAUUCAGGUUCUGGGGGCCAAGGCUGCCCCCAAGUGCUACAGCGUGUACCGUGGGGUCAAAAAGUUUCUUGUCCCAGGAGGUAGUAAGAUGAUCCGUUUUGGACACUUCACUUCCUCCUCGCUGAAGAGAGAGGUUGCGCUGCAGUUUGGGGAGGACACCUUCUUCACCAUUGAGACCUGCCGCGGUGUCAGCAUCAAGGCAAUCUCUUUCUACCCUGAAGAGGACGAAGUGCUGAUCCCACCCUAUGAAAAGUUUGAGGUCAUAAAAUUCACCAAGACACCAAAUACAAACUUCAUCCACCUUCGCUCCCUGGGAGAGUCCACCACUUACAACUGUGUUUUUGGAUUCCCGGUUCCACCUCUUGGGCUGCACCCCAAUUCCCGGCAACUUCCCCCGUAUUUUGGACCUCAGAUGUUCCACCUGGAUCUGAAGCAGUCUCAGUGGCUCUGCUAA